UUUAGUGAAAUUGUGAAUUUUGUGAUUGUGAGUUAUUAGUGUCAGUUUUUAUUCAAAAACAAAAAGUGUGGUUCUAGCUAAUAAAUUUUUUUUGAGUGAACAUAUUUUUUUUGGAACAAUUAUGGUCACAAUGACAACAAUGCUCGUAUCGGUAGCUGAGCUAUCGAAUAUAUUUUCAGUGUUUGCAGUGUUAUUGUGUUUUUGUGUUAUGAUUUUAUUUAUAACAAGGAAUAUGUUAAUAUUAAGAAUGAAUGGUGAAGAUAUUGUAUUCCCAACAAAUAUACAUCCCGUUUCACCACGUAUUCCACAAAUGAAAAUGAUGAAAGUGCAUAUACCAUUCACAUUUAAAUUAUUGGAAUCAUCCAAAUCCACAUAUUUUGAUGUACAAUGCACAAUAUCGAGCCAAGUACGAUAUACAAUACGAGCAUUUUGGGGUGUAAGUAUACGAGAGCUACAUGUAGCAUUAUGGCGACCAUGGGGUGCGUUACGAGAUGCAGCAUUAGCUGAUAUUCUACUAAAUGGGCAUUUUCAACAAAUUGGAUCGAAUUUAAAGUGUUAUAGCCCACAUGGUGAUAGAAUAAUAACAUUAUCGUUACCAGCAAAACCAUCGUUGCAAUUGGGAACUCCACCAAGAUUAGCGUAUCCGUUGGUAAUUUUUCUGAUGCGUGUGGAUCAUCCAGAUGACUUACAUCCAGAUGAAACCGUGGCCUUGGUGAACGUGGUUCAUAUUAAAGAUCCCGUUUGUACAUUACCUACAAGUAUUUUGGCACAGUAUUUAAAACAAGCAAAUGGUCAACUUUCCUGUCUCAAGCAAUUAUAUUUAGCAACGGGAAAUUCAACAAACUAUGAUGAAGAAUUACAAGUAGCCACUACAGUUGAUCCCCAAGCGGGAUUAACAUUAGCCGAACCAAUGAUGCCAUCAUCAUGCGAUGAUGAUCCUACCUCUUCAACAUCGACCACUGGCAGUGCACUUUUGUGCACAAGCAAUUCUAUGAAAUCAUCUUCACCGAACAGAUCACCACUAGGUGUCAAAAAUAAUAAUAAUAACCAUAACACUAAUAAUAAUAACCAUGGUCCAAAUAUUGAGGAUGUUACUACAAAUAAUAGCAGUAAUACUGUAUGGAAUGCAGCUGGUGAACAGUUGUGUGUGGUUUGUCAAUAUUUCCCAUUAUCCAGAGCAUUAUUACCAUGCAGGCACACAUGCAUAUGUGCGAGUUGUUUUGGUAAAUUAGAACGUUGUCCAAUGUGCCGCAGUCCAAUAAAAAGUUAUUUUUGUAUUCGAGGCGAAGAAUAUAUGCCAACGUCAAAUAAUGGGUUAAAUGGUCCAACAUCACCAAAAGGUUUGGAACCAGGAUCACCAUUAUUUAAUUGGUUUGAUUCCUGGAAUGAUCGUAUUACUGAUUUCUUAGGUUUUGGUAGAUAAUAAAUUUCUAUAAAAAGAUAUACUUAUUUUCAAUGAACAUAAUGUAUGGACAGACUAAGGAAUUAUAUAACACUUUGAAUCAUCGUUUUUAAACGAUCUGAUUUUAUUGCUUUUGUUUUGCGAGGGAAAUCACAAGAAAGUUUUACUUUUAAGUUUAUGUUUUACAUUGGAAUCGAUACCAUCAUCAGUUUCGCUUCUUUCUAGUGAAAGAAAGUUCCCUCAAAAUUUAUUUAUUAUAUUAACAAUCUGGCCUCAAAGUAACCAGUUUGAAAUCCGGCCUAAGAAAGUAUAAGUUGGAAAUAUGGAUUUUUCGAUUAUCAAUACUUUUCGUUGUGCAAUAGAUUUUAUCGAAUAAGAAUACGUAUCUUAUAGAAAAAGUUUAUU